UGAAAUUGACUACCUGACAUUUAGACGGAUUUAGCUUACUACCGUUUGAAGAGGAGCACUGACUAAUUUCCGACAGAAAUUUAAUUUGGAACAAUCUGACUGAGAGUUGACAGGCAUAGAAACAGAGAGGUCACCAGCAUGCUUAACAAAAGUGGCUACAUCAGAAUGAGGCAAGUCAUGUAAGAAAAAAGAAAACGGAAAAGGAGAAAGAAUAGCACCUUGAGGAACACCAGCUAAAGUAAGUGAGGUAGUGGAGGACUUUCCAUUGUAGACGGUGUACUGCUUCCUAUCAGAAAAAUAGGAAUGUAGCCACUUAUUUGUCCAGCUCUCAGCCUGUGUUGCAGCAAGCUUACUUAGAAAGAGAGACCUAGGAACAGAGUCAAAUGCAGAUGUGUAGUCAAGGAAGGCACAGCGAACGUAUUUAGCUCCUUUAUCUAAACUAGAGACUAUGCUAUGGUGUAGGACAACAGCGGCAACUAACGUACACCUAUUAUGUUUAUAGGCAAACUGGUUGGGGUCAUUGAAAGGCUUUAAAGAGGGUUCAAGAUUAAGUAAAGUAAGUCUUUCCAUAACUUCCAAAGUCGUAAAAACAAAACUAACCCUUACAAAUCAACUACGGAAAAUUAUGUUAAAGCCUGUUGAUAUUUUUAAACGUUAGUGACUCCUUAAUAUAGGGACGCAGCUUACGAAUCGUUGCACUUCCGACAUUUUCAUUCCAUUGCGUUCCUAGUGGAACAAAGGGUUUCAAACUUGAGCUUUAACAUUUCAGUAGCGAUGGUGAUUUUGUUUUAUGCGUUAGGGUUGCUAGCUUCACUCCUAACCUUCCCUUUUUACCGGAUUUACUACCAGCUAAGCGACGUCUAGGAGUAUGUCGAGCGGGAAUCAAACCCAGAACACAUGUGUGAUUUAUGAGACCUCUACCACUGAACCACCGAUGAGGGUAUAAUUUAAUAGGGCUUAUUUGGUCAGUAGGAUCAAAAUAACCUAUUAAAAGUAACUAUUAAGUUGCAUUCGUUUGCAGUGUAAAUGUAGAUGCUAUUGUCCACCACAUACGACUUAACCGUACUUAGGGAGGACUCGUAAUUGGCAAUGGGUUUGCUUCAUUUAGUUAGCCUGCUUGAAGACAACUAGACUCAGCUUCCAUUUAGCCAUUAUUUAUUGUAAAGUUUCGAAAUCUUACUGACAUUCGUGUUUAUAACUCAUUGUGUUGCUUUUACAGUCGGCAAAAUAUGAAGAAAUAUUAGCAUCGGUGUCAAUAUGGUUGAGAUAACUGAAUCCUCAUAUUAUGCAUAUGAAGGUUUUUUAUUUGGACGCACUUGUGCAACUGAUAUCACUUCUUACUUAUUAGGACAUUUUGGAUUCCCUGUUUGUUUUUACUGAACCGUAAAGCUCGGUCUCUGCUAGGAUAAGAUCAAGUUUGCCUCAAGGCGUCAUUGAAACACCUUUAGUAACUUCUGGUGUACCAAAAAGGAAUGGGCAAUUCGGUCCACUGAAAUCACAAGACAAAAUUAAAGUUUCAUUAUAUAACUCCGCUUAUACCAGUCAGAAACAUGAAAUAUUUGUAUUUUCCAUCGGUCUCACUGAUUAUUCCUCGCUGCGUUUAGCAAGAAGGUAUCUAUUUCCUAUUAAUCACAUUUGAUAUAUUUAUUUCAGCUUUUGUGCAAAGAUAAAUGCACCCUUCAGAUAUGUUUCCUAUUGAAUGGAUUAUCUCAAUCUUCUACUUUUAGCUGUUUUACUCAGUUUGUUCAUUAAUGACUACAAAACCCAAUAGUUUCAUGUACAGCGCGCAUGUCUCUUAAUCCUGAUCAGCCGAGUGUUCCUGAUGGCCUCUUUGGGGAUCAAGUUCAAAUAGAAUCGACCCAUGAAGUUUCACAUAACAGUGGUCGUGGAAACUUGGGUACACUGGGGAUGGCUGCUGGAGUGCCACCUUACGGGACAAAUAAUCCGUCUGCCAUGUCUGCUGCAGCGGCUGCUGCUCUCCUAAUACAAGCGGCAACAGGUGGUUCUGCUAAUGAAUCACCCAAUCAUGUUACACUUUCUGGUAGACGUUGUUCAACAUCAAGCCUUUUAGAAUCACCUCAGCCAUCACCUUUAUCUUCAUCUGUGAUUUCAGCAGCUGCACAACAAGCUGCUUUGGUUGCGGCACAGGCUAUCGCCAGUCCACGUUCACCGUCAGUUAAUUCCAGCGCAUCUAAUUUCCAAGCAGCAGUGUUAUCUUUGGCUUUAGCUGCUUCAUCUACUUGCACAACAAUAAGCAAUUCAUCUGGUUCUGAAUUUCGUGAAUGUCAACGUUCGUUACUCGGGAAUUCUGCUGUGAAUGAUCUUAUUUCCCUUUCUGAACAGCAUCCAAAGCUAUUAACUGCUCACUCUACAUUAGCAUCUGUGUUUAGAAGACGUUCUUCAACGCUUGCGCCUCCAUGUUUUACUAAUGUACUUAAUCCGUCGUGUAUUGACGUGACACCUAGACAUGAAUUGAAAAAUGUUUCUAGUGAAGAACCGCAGUUGUUGUCUUUUUUGCCAUCAAACUUGACGUCUCUUGAUCUUGGAGGUUCCCAGCUUCUCAAUAGUCAGCAUUUGGGUCUUCCUGAGUAUCCUGAGGAUAUAGCAUCUCAGACACAAGGCUUUCCUUUAAUGCGCCAGUCAUCCAUUCCCACUUCGUUUCUGUGCGACAGUUUUCGUUGUGUUGAUCAACAAAUUCGUUCAAGUGAAUCUUACUUGAUGGACAUGAACUCAGAAGGUCCAGCUAAAAUUACACGUCAUUAUUUAUCAACUCUAGAUCCUGAUGAAAAUGCAGAUCAUUCUCGCAAUCCUACCAGUGUUUCCCACGGAAGUUAUGACGAUGCAAACUUUCAGUCGUUUUAUAAAACGUCACCUAAAUACGAUUCACAUUUAGCCCAUCCUUCAAGUGUUCAGUCAUCCUUCGAUCAGAAUUCCAAUAAAUGCAAUCCAAGAUAUUUUUCUCCAACGCCAACAUCAGUUUCAAGCGAACUUGCUUUAGCUAAUUGUCCUCCAACCUCACCACUAAGCUGCUCUUCACUAUCAAAUUCCGCAACUCCACAACUAAAUAUCUCUCCAGUCAAUGUUGAGUGUAGAGUUAAAAACCCACCAAUGGAUGACGCGAGUGGUGCUACCUCCAGGUCAUCUGUUUCCUGUAGGUCACUGCGAACUAACUGUGGCACAGAAUGCGAUUUCAAAACUGAUGAACCGAAUCGCAAACGAGAACAACGUCUUUUGAAAAAUAGAGAAGCUGCAAGGGAAUGUAGAAGAAAAAAGAAGGAAUAUGUAAAAUGUUUGGAAGCUCGAGUCAGUCUCCUCGAAAGUCAGAAUCAACAAUUGAUUGAAGAACUCCAAAAAGUAAAAGCACUUUGUUUCAAAGAGUUAUGUGGUUUGGGAUUAAAUAGCUCUACAGCUGCAUGCGCUGCUGCGGUGUUGGCUGCUGUAACUUCUGUGUCUGCCAGCUAUUCUGGUGGAGAUACUGCGGAAUCUUCAGGAUUAGAUUCUACUGCCCGAUUUACUUCGGACACCGAUCGGAGUAUGUGCGAUAGAACUUCAGAAGUAAAUCAAAUUUCAUCUGAUUUUGGAGAAGAUAUCCAACAGCUAAAUGAUCAUACGCGAUCCAUACGACAUCGCCGACGUUCUGUAUUUACUGCACCUAAGUUGUCACCAUAUUCAACUCAAACUACAUGGUUGAGUCCAUAUUCUUUGAAGUGUUCUGAGACGUCCCCAAAUAUAGCUUGUGGUGCUACCCAUGUUAGUCGAUCGUCUGUAGACGAACUGUCGUCACACUCAUGUCUGACAAAACCAAACGACUCGAAACCUGAUUGUUCUCAUAGUUCUGUUUCAAUUUCAUAUACUCCUCCGGUCGAAACAGAUACUAUAAGUCCGCAUUCAAGUGAACACUUUCGACAACAUUGCACGGAAUCACACCCCCUUAUAAUGGAAAGUAAGGCGGACAGCAGUCGGCUGCCUCAUCAGUCGACACAUGUUAUAUCCAGCGAUUCACAAAACUGGAAAGCACCUCAGUAUCAAAAUAGCAGUAAUGCUUAUCAGCAUCCGCGAUAUGCAGCUAAAAGAGCCUAUCGAAAUGUAGUAUUUAAUUCGGCUGAUACAAGUAGGGAAUCCGAAAUAAAACCAGAAACCAUUGAUGAUAAACGACUGUGCAAACCAGGAAAUGAUGUGGAUGCUGUCACUGGUGCCGCAGUUAUAUUGGCUGCCGCAGCCGCUAUGGUUGCCGAAUCUGAAUCCUCUGCACCAGAAUCUAGGCUGUCUGUUUGAGAAACAUCAAAUCCAGAUCACAUUGUAAUAUCUACCUGCGUCUUUCUCAACAAAAUAGGUUAUAAUCGGUAUAUUUAAGGUGAUUUUCUUUUCAAAAGUUGUGUAAGCAGCAAAUACCUUUUAUUGAUAUUAUAAUUUCCUAAUUUCAAAAUCAUUAAAGAGAUAAUUUGAUGUUUUUUGUUGGUGUACCAUGUCUUCCUUCAUAACUUUGCCUUUCUUAUUUUCUUUGCUCGUGUUUUCUACAAUGCUCUCUUAAAGUUACAGCUUUCCUAAUUGUGCGAAAUCAUUCCCCUUGUUGAUUCGAAUAAAGUGUUUGUGAAACAUUGAUAUCUUAAAAAUACAACACCACAUGUGAUUUUCAAAUCUUUUUGCACACUCUGCUUUAUCUUUAUGAUAAUUUUAAUGGCUUCAUCAUAAAACCAGAUUCUCUAAUCAUUUGUACUGUGGAAAUUUCAGUUGAAAAAUCAGACGAUGCUGAUUAUCACAUAGAUUUUAAAGUGUUCUUUGACUGUUUUGAUCACACUUUUCUAAAGCGCCUGUUUAUUUCAUUUAACCGUCAUCAUUCUAUAUACAUCUUAUUAUUUAUAUAUUUUCCAAGUGUAGCUUCUCAAUGUCUUUCGUAAUAUUUGUCAACUUUUUUUUCUUCUUUCAAAAUUCAUAUCUUGCUUAUGAAAUGUUCAUUGAUAAAGAUGGUCAUGUAUCAGCUGUUUAUUAACUAUAAUUUAUGUGCCAUUUCCUUGCCCCGUUGUCAUAGUUCUAUCACUUCAAAUAUUAUGUGUUUUUGUCUGUCUAUAUGUACAUAUAUAUUUAUAUACCUAAUGUGUAUUUGAAUAACUUCAAACCACCGGUUCUUUUUAAUUUCAAUAACUUUUGCUUUCAUUUUAUCUGAAGCGCCAUUUUCGUCAUUGCAAUUUAUUAUUUUUCUUUUCAUAUACAUUGCUUUUGUGAGUAAAUAUCUAGUUAUGAU